CAAUAGGAUCGAUGACCAGCUCUAAACCACUUUUAUUAUCACCUUCUACUUCUCUACUCAACUUACAAUCUAACCAACAUCAACAACAACAACAACAACCAGCAGUAGCAGUAGUGAGAAGAAGGAAACCCAACAUCACUAGAUCAACUUCAUCUUCAAUCUCAAGUAACUUAUCAAGUUCAGAUCAAUACAGUUUCACUUCUUCUACUACUCAUCUCACUCAACCUCCUCAUUCGGCUGAUCAUUAUCACCAUCACCAUUCUAAUCCAAGUUCAACUAUCACGAGUUUAUUUCCUAAAUCAAUUCAACUUCAACCUGAUCAUCAUCAUCAUCAUCAUUCCAUCAAAUCAUAUCAACAUCAACACCAAAAUCAAUCUAUCAACUCUUUACUUCAUCAUCUGGUCUUACCUAAAUCUUCACAUCGUCAUUCUACUUAUUUAAAUCAUAUCUUAUCACUCUUCAAUUCUUUAACUCAAUGUCCUACUACCACUACCACUACCAUCAACACUAGUCCAACCAAUCUACAUCGAAACUCAACUCAUCGUCAUUCAAAUCAAUUCAAUCGCAAUAGUAUUCCUUCAAGUUCCUCAUCAACCCCAAACCCAGAAGCUAGCAUCAAUCUAGAAUCAGAUGGUUGGACAUAUCUUGGAACUCGUCAAGAAGUCAGACUUUAUACAAGAGAAUUAACCUCAACCGAACACUUUAUCAUCUCACAAAACCAACCAGAAGAUGAAUUUAUAUCCACUUCGAUUCAUGAAUCUGUUUCAUUACCUUAUUUUAGAGGUGAAGGAUAUUUAAAUGGGAAAUGGAAUUCGUUUGAUUUAGCCGCUACACUUUCUUCUAUACCGGUUCGAUCGAUGUGUGAUUCGAAAGUAGAUUUAAGUAAAUCAUUGGUUUAUCAAAUCUUAGAUUCCAAUCAGAUUGGUGAUCAAUUAUUGAAAUUAUCUUUUAAAGAUCAAUUUCCAAUUGGACCUAGAAAUCAAUCAUUAGUGCAAGCUUUUAGACCUUAUAAGACGUCAAAUCAUUCUAAAUCUUCUUCAUUUGAACUAUCACAUCAACUCAAUCUUCAUGAUGAUUUUGAUUUUGAUGCUGAUUUUGAUCUAGAUGCUGAUACUGAUGAUGAUUCAGGUGGGGUUUGGGUAAGUACAAGUGUAGUGGACAGUCUUAUACCUGAAUCAGAACCUAAUUCACGUUCUUGGUUAUCACUCUGUGGUUUCUCAUUCCGACCUACCUCAAGACCACCUACCUAUUCAUCUAUACCAAUUCAUCCAUCACAACCAGCACCGAGCACUUCACCCGAAUCAUAUAGUUCUCAAACAAGAAUCCCUCACCCCGAUCGUACUUCUCCAAUCCAACCUCUUUCGUAUCAUCAUUCAACUCCAUCCAAUUCAUCAUCAAAUCCUAAACAGAGAAUCACUUCACCUUCACAAACCAUUUCAGGUGAUUUACCUUCGAUUGUUAAAAGAUUAAGUCUUACAAUCUCACCUGUUCAUAACCAAUUAAAUUCAAGCUCUUUACCCAACCCAUCAAGUUUAUCAAAAUCGUUACCCAAUCAUCAUCAUCAUCAAAACCAUCCAUCUAACCAAAGAUUAUCUAAAAACUUAUCACAAAUCGAAUGGCCAACGAUAACCUAUCAAACAUCGAUUUUACAACCAAUUCAAAUUUCUAAAAGUUCGAUCAAUUUAAAUUUAUCACCUAUUAACAAUCAUAAGAGAAAUUCUUUAAUUAAUUUUUCAAGUCCGAUUUAUUCAUCUAUUUCACCUACUUUGAAUUUGUCUAAUUCGAACCUUCGUAGAAAUAGAGCUAGUUCGAUCUUAUCAACUUCUUCACCUGUUCAUUAUUCUCCAACUCAAAGAAUCAGAUCUGGUUCUUCUUCUACUACUCAUCAAGAAUUACAAGAAGAAGAAGAAGAAGAAGAAGAAGAAGAGAAGAAUGGAAAGAAGGAUACCAAUGGGACUCAUGUUUCGCUGGUCAUGAAGGUUUAUCAUGGUCAGAAAGUUCCUUUGAGUUUGGUUCAAUACGGAUUUGCACCACAUCUAAGUAGAAGAAAUCAACCCAAAGGUAUCAAGAUCUUAAGUGAAGAGUUUAAUCCGAUGACCAGUUUCUAUAAGAUUCUAUUCAAAUCGAAUCAACCUAAUUUAAUCAUGAUUAGGUUUCACGGUUCAACAUUUUCGACUAAUCAUUCUGGUAGAUAUGGUGAUGAUGAUCAAGGUGAAUAUGAAAUUAUUGUACUAAGAUCAGAGAAAUGGAAAGUUUUGUUUGAUAAACCGAACAGAGAAGCGGAAGAUAAAGAGAAUGAAGAUGACAAUGGUGGGCUAUGGAAAGGGGCUGGAACGGUUUGGGUUAUGUGUGCUAGGGAUGGAUUGCCUGUUGAGGUUAUGAUUAGGAAGAUUGGGAAGGGUGGGAGAGAGAGAGAGAGCGGGAAGACUGAUCGGGUUUUGUUUGGGUUUGGGGGUUCGAGAUCGAAAUAA